AUGCCAUCUAAUUAUGACAAAUUAGUGAAAAUAUUACAAAAAUGGCCGCCGAAUUCAAAAAGGAUUGGCAGAGAUUUUGGGGAACAUCUUCGUUCGAAAAUUAAAUUGUUGAUAAGUAACGAAAGUGACGUUUUAUUAAAUUCGGCUGAUUUCGAACAAAAAUUACUUUCCUUACAAAGGCUGGUAGAUAAUAAAUAUGGUGACAAAUAUAGACAUAAUUUGGAAUUUGGUGCUACAGGUUUACCGGCAAAAGAUUUAAAUUAUGCACUCGAUGAUGACACAAUGACAAAAUUCAAUUCAAUGAAAUACAGAUUUUGGAGAUGA